GCCGGCCAAGGGUACGUGGGGGAGGGACCACUCAUAUGUUGGUAGGUCACGCACAGCCCUCUUUUUUACCAAGAUGGCGGCCGGCCCCUCGGCCUCGUACCCAGCAUAGGCUUCGCUGCGGGCCUACUAGAGCAAAAGCUGGCAGGCUGACAAACGGGCAGUUUACAGGACGGACUCUCUGGCUACUGACCAUUUAGCUGUGGCAUACCCGGAUUGUGUGUGGGUGGGAAGUCGACAAUGAGCUCCGUGGCAGUUUUGACCCAGGAGAGCUUCGCUGAACACCGCAGCGGCCUGGCUCAGCAGCAGGUGAAAGUUACAGCUUUAAACUCCGAAGAAGAGAACGAUCCUCCAACCUACAAGGAAGCCUUCCCUCCGCUCCCUGAGAAAGCACCAUGUUUGGAAGCUGCCCAGGAACCUGCUGGGCCCUGGAGCAAAAUCCGACCGAUAAAGGCUUCUGUCAUCACUCAGGUGUUCCAUGUGCCACUGGAGGAGAGGAAAUACAAGGACAUGAAUCAGUUCGGAGAAGGCGAGCAGGCCAAGAUCUGCCUUGACAUCAUGCAGAAGACAGGAGCUCACCUGGAGCUGUCUCUCGCAAAGGACCAGGGCCUUUCAAUCAUGGUCUCUGGCAAGCUGGAAGCAGUCAUGAAGGCUCGGAAGGAGAUUGUCGCUCGGCUGCAGACUCAGGCUUCAGCGACAGUUGCCAUCCCCAAGGAGCACCAUCGUUUUGUCAUUGGAAAGAAUGGCGAGAAGCUGCAGGACCUGGAGCUCAAAACUGCAACCAAAAUCCAGAUCCCCCGCCCAGAUGACCCCAGCAACCAGAUCAAGAUCACCGGCACUAAAGAAGGGAUUGAGAAGGCCCGACACGAGAUCCUGCUUAUAUCUGCUGAGCAGGAUAAGCGUGCCGUGGAGCGGCUGGACGUGGAGAAAGUGUACCACCCCUUUAUUGCUGGCCCUUACAACAAGCUGGUGAGCGAGCUCAUGCAGGACACAGGGACGCGCAUCAACAUUCCUCCACCCAGCGUAAACAAGACAGAGAUAGUCUUCACAGGAGAAAAGGAGCAGCUAGCCCAAGCCGUGGCUCGUGUUAAGAAGAUCUAUGAGGAGAAGAAAAAGAAGACUACUACCAUUGCAGUGGAGGUGAAGAAGUCCCAGCACAAGUAUGUCAUCGGCCCCAAGGGGAAUUCCCUGCAGGAGAUCUUGGAGAAAACUGGAGUCUCUGUCGAGAUCCCACCCACUGACAGUAGCUCGGAGACGGUGAUACUGCGAGGCGAGCCUGAAAAGCUUGGGCAAGCAUUGACUGAAGUCUAUGCAAAGGCCAACAGUUUUACCGUCUCCUCGGUCUCUGCCCCCUCUUGGCUUCAUCGUUUCAUUAUUGGAAAGAAAGGACAAAACCUGGCCAAAAUAACUCAGCAGAUGCCAAAGGUUCACAUCGAAUUCACUGAAGGAGAGGAUAAAAUCACUUUGGAAGGACCUACAGAAGAUGUGAAUGUGGCCCAGGAACAGAUUGAAGUCAUGGUCAAGGAUCUGAUCAACCGGAUGGAUUAUGCAGAAAUCAACGUUGACCACAAAUUCCAUCGACACCUCAUUGGCAAGAAUGGAGCUAACAUUAACAGGAUUAAGGACCUCUACAAGGUGUCUGUGCGCAUUCCCCCGGACAAUGAGAAGAGCAACCUGAUCAGAAUUGAAGGAGACCCACAGGGGGUCCAACAGGCCAAGAAAGAGCUGCUGGAACUCGCUUCCCGUAUGGAAAAUGAACGCACCAAGGACCUAAUAAUUGAGCAGAAAUUCCACCGGACCAUCAUUGGGCAGAAGGGCGAGCGGAUCCGGGAAAUCCGGGAGAAAUUCCCAGAGGUUAUCAUCAACUUCCCAGACCCUGCGCACAAGAGUGACAUCGUCCAACUUAGAGGCCCCAAAAAUGAGGUGGAGAAGUGCACCAAGUACAUGCAAAAGAUGGUGGCAGACCUGGUUGAAAACAGCUUUUCUAUUUCUGUCCCCAUCUUCAAACAAUUCCACAAGAACAUCAUAGGGAAAGGCGGUGCCAACAUCAAGAAGAUCCGUGAAGAAAGCAACACCAAAAUUGAUCUCCCAGCAGAGAACAGCAACUCGGAGACAAUUGUUAUCACAGGCAAGAGAGCAAACUGCGAGGCUGCUCGCCACAGAAUUCUUGCCAUCCAGAAGGAGCUGGCCAACAUCACAGAGGUGGAGGUCUCUAUUCCUUCCAAACUGCACAAUUCCCUCAUUGGCGCCAAAGGCCGCUUCAUCCGCUCCAUCAUGGAGGAGUGUGGUGGAGUCCACAUCCACUUCCCCACCGAGGGCUCUGGCAGCGACACCGUGACCAUCAGGGGCCCAGCCCAGGAUGUGGAGAAAGCCAAGAAACAGCUGCUCCACCUGGCAGAGGAGAAGCUCCAGUUCUUCCAUUUCACUGCAUAUAACCAGCAAACGAAGAGUUACACUGUGGACCUCCGUGCAAAGCCAGAGUACCACAAAUUCCUUAUUGGUAAGGGUGGUGGCAACAUCCGUAAGGUGCGUGACAACACUGGGGCCCGCAUCAUCUUCCCAACCUCUGAGGACAAAGAUCAGGAGCUGAUCACUAUCAUGGGAACAGAGGAAGCUGUCAAAGAGGCACAGAAGGAGUUGGAGGCCCUCAUCAAGAACCUGGAUAAUGUGGUUGAAGACUCCAUGGUGGUUGACCCCAAGCACCACCGCCACUUUGUCAUCCGGAGGGGCCAAGUUCUGCGUGAGAUUGCAGAUGAGUAUGGUGGUGUGAUGGUCAGCUUCCCGCGCUCUGGCACCCAGAGCGACAAAGUCACCCUCAAGGGAGCCAAGGACUGUGUGGAGGCAGCCAAGAAACGCAUCCAGGAGAUCAUCGAGGACCUGGAAGCUCAAGUGACAAUCGAAUGCACCAUCCCACAAAAGUUCCACCGCUCCAUUAUGGGCCCCAAAGGAUCCCGGAUCCAGCAGAUCACCCGAGACUAUGGUGUCCAGAUCAAAUUCCCUGACAGGGAGGAGAACCCAGCCCCUGUUGCAGAGCCAGCUGUACAGGAGAAUGGUGAGGAAGGUGGGGAAGGCAAGGAUGGGAAGGAUGCAGAUCCCAGCUCUCCAAAGAAGUGCGACAUCAUCAUCAUCUCUGGCCGCAGGGAGAAGUGCGAGGCAGCAAAGGAGGCGCUGCAGGCUCUGGUUCCUGUCACCAUUGAGGUGGAAGUUCCCUUUGAUCUUCACCGUUACAUCAUUGGCCAGAAAGGAAGUGGAAUCCGCAAAAUGAUGGAUGAGUUUGAAGUGAACAUCCAGGUCCCUGCUCCUGAGCUGCAGUCGGAUAUCAUCACCAUCACUGGGUUGGCUACCAACCUGGACCGUGCCAAGGCUGGGCUGCUGGAAAGAGUGAAGGAGCUGCAGGCUGAACAAGAGGAUCGGGCCUUGCGAAGCUUCAAGCUGACAGUCACUGUGGAUCCCAAGUAUCACCCUAAAAUCAUUGGGCGGAAGGGAGCGGUGAUCACCCAGAUACGCACAGAGCAUGAGGUCAACAUCCAGUUCCCUGACAAGGAUGAUGAAAGCCAGGCCCAAGACCAGAUCACCAUCACUGGCUAUGAGAAGAACGCCGAGGCUGCCCGGGAUGCCAUCAUGAAGAUCGUUGGCGAACUGGAGCAGAUGGUCUCUGAGGAUGUGACUCUGGACCAUCGCGUUCACGCACGCAUCAUUGGUGCACGUGGUAAAGCCAUCCGCAAAAUCAUGGAUGAGUUCAAGGUGGAUAUUCGCUUUCCCCAGAGUGGAGCUCCUGACCCCAACUGUGUGACUGUGACAGGACUCCCUGAGAAUGUGGAAGAAGCUAUUGAUCACAUCCUGAACUUGGAGGAAGAAUAUCUUGCAGAUGUGGUGGACAACGAGGCAAUGCAGGUGUAUAUGAAGCCCUCUUCACAUGAAGAGUCCAAGGCUCCAUCCAAGGGCUUUGUGGUGAGAGAUGCCCCCUGGGCCACUGUCAACAACGAAAAGGCCCCUGAUAUGAGCAGUUCUGAAGACUUCCCCAGCUUUGGGGCUCAAGUGGCCCCCAAGACUCUUCCCUGGGGACCCAAACGAUAAUGACCUGGAAGCAGAAACUCCUCCAGCCCGCUGACCUGACACUAACCUGCCACAAAUACUUCCUGUCUGAAAUCUGACCCAGCGGCUGGAGCACAAGUCAAUUGCCCCAAGAGGUCUCCUAAUGGUGUCUGGAGUGCUAGACCCCAUCCUGCUCCCCUCAGCUAUCACCGUGGCUAGGACCCACCCUCAUCUCUUGAUGGAUAUUCUUUCCUCCUUUGGAACAAGACUUCCACUCAGAUUCAAACACUAAAUGUGUGUGUUUUUGUUAGAAAUUUCAUAAUUGACUCAAAGUGGCUAAGAUUUGCAGCUUCCCAAGCGCUAGCAGAGCAAUCUGCUCUCUUGAGCAUGUCUUACUAGGCAUUCUCGCCUUCAUUAGGAGACCUCCUUUACUGUGGCUAGGAAUCUACUUCCUGUCUCAUGACCUCAGGAAAUAAAUUUCCUUGACUUUCUAAAGCCAAAA